UGAUGGAAUGGAUUGAUGAUUCUAGAUGGCGAGCGAGAGUGGAUCUUAUCGCCUUUUUGCCAAGUCCCUUAUCUAAAUGGGCUACUUAUGUAAUCUACCUCAGCCACAAGGUACUGAGCAACUUUCCACUGUUGGUCUGUGCAUAAAACAGCCCUGGCUGUCAGGUCAUUACAUAAGCGACAGGUUUCCCACACCCCACUCAAAUUCAUAGUGUCGCUUCCGUCUCCACCAUAGGGUUUUUGCGCACAACCAAAAAUUCCCUGAACCUUCAAUCCAUCGCAAAGUAUCCAUCAGCCUGUCGACUUCACAUCAAUCACGUCCACCCACCCAGUUCAACAUCUUGUCACCGUAAACAACCGCCAAGAUGCUGAUGCCGAAGGCUGACCGCAAGAAGAUCCACGAGUACCUCUUCCGAGAGGGCGUGCUGGUCGCGAAGAAGGACUUCAACCUUCCUAAGCACGCCGAUAUCGACACCAAGAACCUCUUCGUCAUCAAGGCUCUUCAGUCGCUCGACUCCCGCGGCUACGUCAAGACUCAAUUCUCCUGGCAAUACUACUACUACACCCUCACCCCCGAGGGUCUCGACUACCUCCGAGAAUGGCUUCACCUUCCCGCCGAGAUCGUCCCCGCUACACACAUUAAGCAGCAGCGAUCGCACGCUCCUCCCCGAGGAAUGAUGGGUGAGGGCGAGCGUGAACGCCGACCGUUCGGCCGUGGCCGUGGUGGUGACCGUGGUGACCGUGGCGACCGUGAGGGUGGCUACCGAAGACGGGAUGCUGGUGAGGGUAAGGAGAGCGGUGGUGCUCCUGGCGAAUUCAAGCCUGAGUUCCGUGGUGGAUUCGGUCGUGGCCGUGGCGCCCCCCCUUCGUAAGAAGCUUCUAUCACUACUCUUAGAAAUCCCUUCGACGCACAUGGUGGCCGGGUAUGGACAUGUACUCUAGGGAAUGGAGCAUCUGCAUAGUCUCACUUCUCUGCACGUGAUAGAAAACUCGUGAGAGGAACCUCGGAUGCACGGUUGGGAGUUAUUAGGAGGCUAAAUCCUCGGAAAUCAUCAAUGAAUUAUGGACAUGCUUUUGCUGUGAAGAGACCAAAAUUCCCAAUUAAAGAUGCUUGGAUCGGUGAAAGUUAAUGGAGCGCGAGGAAAUAUAACCAAGCCGAUAUGAGCCCUACGAUUAGCAUGCAAAAUGGCUACAACUUGUUAAGGAAGUAUAUGUUUUAUUCAAGUUCCGGAAGGGAGAAGUUUGUGAUAAGGUGUUCUCGGAGUAUUCCCAUUGCUAGUUUCCCGUCAACUUUGAACGUAGAAAAAGGGAGGUUUUGCAUCGGGUAUAAUUGUCGCCAGGUGAGUGGCAUGACUUAGACGACAUCGAUAGAAAGGCACUAUGCAUAGAAGUUACCCAUGUAAGUUACCGGGGCCGUAGUACUUUAUCCGCCUCGAUUUACAAAUCGGAGACUUCCGCUCGGCUCCGGCGCUACUGAUUUGAUCCUCACGGCGGUUUCCUCAAUUGUCAGGUACAUUAGUAACAGAACUCUCGUAAUUCUUAGUUAAUA